ACACCAAAGCGACCGAGAACGACAUAGAUGCACAUUGUUCUUACUCAAACGGACGUCUGGUUGUCAGCAGCUAGAGAUAGCGGGGUGGGUGACUGUCGUAUUCGGGAAGGCAGGAGCAAGCUGAGAGGAUGCGGACACGGCAGGAGCAAAGGAAACGGCCACGUGAGCGUGGGUUGGUUAGAUGACGUGACGGACGCGACUUGUGGUGCAAUUGGGGUUGGGGUUUGUUUUUUCCACCCUUUUUCUUCUUUCUUUAUCACAACGUUGUUUGAUACCAGCUGCGAGUUUACCCAGUUUUGAUACUUACCUACCAAUCAAGAAGAUAGUUGAAGUUACCUGGAGGUUCAAACAUGGCAGAGGAGUUGUCUAAGAACUUUGAGACGCUGCAAUUGCAUGCUGGACAUACGCCUGAUAAGGAGACGAAUUCGAGAGCUGUUCCCAUCUAUGCGACUACCUCCUUUGUCUUCAACGACAGCGACCAUGGCGCAAGACUAUUCGGACUCAAAGAGUUCGGAAACAUCUACAGUCGCAUCAUGAACCCAACUGUCGAUGUCUUCGAGAAGCGGAUAGCCGCGCUUGAGGGAGGUGUUGCUGCACUGGCAACAUCAUCUGGCCAGGCCGCCCAAUUCAUCACUAUAGCUGCUCUAGCGCAUGCCGGUGACAACAUCAUCGCUACUUCAAAUCUCUACGGAGGCACAUACAACCAGCUCAAGGUCUUCUUCCCGCGCCUUGGGAUCCAGACGAAGUUUAUCAAUGGAGAUAAGCCCGAGGACUUCAAGGCUGCUAUUGACGACAAGACGAAAGCUAUCUAUAUUGAGAGUAUUGGAAAUCCAAAGUAUAACAUUCCGGAUUUCGAGAAGAUUGUGGCCAUUGCACACGAGGCUGGUGUCCCAGUCGUUGUAGACAACACAUUCGGCGCUGGAGGAUACUUUAUCAGACCCAUUGACCAUGGUGCGGAUAUCGUUGUACACUCUGCGACCAAAUGGAUUGGAGGCCACGGAACCACCAUCGGCGGCGUCAUCGUCGACAGCGGAAAGUUCGACUGGGGCAAACACGGCAAACGCUUCCCUCAAAUGGUUGAGCCAUCAGAUGGUUACCAUGGCUUGAAGUUUUGGGAUACCUUCGGGGCCAUAACCUUCAUCAUCCGAGCAAGAGUUGAGAUACUACGUGACCUAGGUGCAGCACUGAACCCCUUCGCCGCACAGCAACUACUUCUCGGUGUCGAAACACUGUCGUUACGAGCCGAGAGACACGCUUCCAACGCUCUGACACUGGCCAAGUGGCUUGAGACCAACGAGAAUGUGAGCUGGGUCUCAUACCCAGGUCUAGAGAGCCACCCGUCACACGCGCUCGCGAAGAAGUACCUACCGCGUGGUUUCGGUGGCGUACUAUCUUUCGGUGUCACAGGAGGUGGUAAAGCAGGAAGCCAGGUGGUCGAUAACUUCAAGCUGAUUUCGAACCUGGCAAACGUCGGUGAUGCGAAGACAUUGGCGAUCCACCCUUGGACUACCACACAUGAGCAGUUGAGUGAUGAGGAGAAGAUCAACUCUGGUGUUACAGAGGAUCUUAUUCGAAUUUCUGUUGGAAUCGAACACAUCGACGAUAUUAUUUCAGACUUUGAGCAGUCGUUCAAGAAGUCUGCAACGAAACCGGGCGAGAAGGGCAAGCCGCAGAACGCGGGCAACAAGGGCGACAAUGGUGCUUCAGCGUCGCUGUCUGGCUCCACUUAGGGAUCAGGUCAAUGAGCGACAGCGAGUAUAGUUUCCAAUUAGGUAUCUUGAGUAAAUUUCCGAUGCUCCUUCUUAAC